AUGGAGGAACUGAAUAUUGAUUAUGAUCUCUUCAAAAAGAGGCUUUUGUCUCUUCAUUCCCAAUACGAGCAGUUUGAUAAUUCGCCAAAUUCUCUGUUAUUCGUUUUUGGUUCUUCGAAUGAUGAAAAUCCAUAUCAGAAAACCACUAUCCUUCACAAUUGGCUACUGAGUUAUGAAUUCCGGGCUACUGUGAUCGUUUUGGUGCCAUCGAAAAUUGUGAUUAUAACAAGCGCAGCCAAGGCUAAGCAUUUGGAAAAAGCUGUUGACCUAUUUAAAGAUGAGAAAGUGAAACUGGAACUGUGGCAGAGGAAUAGUAAAGAACCGGAGCACAAUAAGAAAUUGUUUGUGGAUGUCAUACAGUUGAUGAAAGAGGCGGGAAAAAAGGUUGGAACACCUGAGAAGAACUCCUACCAAGGUAAGUUUAUGACCGAAUGGAAUCCGCUGUGGGAAGAAGCGGUCAAGGAGAACGAAUUCGAGAUCUUCGACAUCUCGCUUGGUCUUUCAAAAGUGUGGGAAGUGAAAGAUGAAAUAGAAGAAGCAAUGCUAGCGGUAGCAAGUAAAGCCUCUGAUAAAUUUAUGGAUUUGCUCACCGAUGAAAUGGUCAGAGCUGUAGAUGAGGAUUUGAGGAUUACUAAUGCAAAGCUGUCGGAUAAAAUCGAAAAUAAGAUCGAUGACGUGAAGCUUCUGAAAAAAAUGGCGCCCGAUCUAUCGGGACUAUGUCCCCCAGGCCAUAAAUUUAGUGUGGAUCUCCUUGACUGGACCUAUUCGCCCAUAAUUCAGUCUGGUGGCAAGUUUGAUCUGAGAGUAUCGGCUAGAUCCAACAAUGACCAGUUACAAGGUAAUGGGUGUAUCUUGGCUUCGUGUGGUAUACGUUAUAAUAACUAUUGCUCUAACGUCACGAGGACUUUUCUCAUCGAUCCUUCAGAAGAAAUGGUCAGAAAUUACGACUUUAUGCUUGAAUUACAGAAAGAAAUCGUUGAAAAUCAGCUGAAAGUUGGGCGGAUCGUCAAAGAAGUAUACGAGUCGGUUGUUUCGUUUGUCGAAAAGGUAAGACCUGAUUUAGUGGCAAAUCUAACCAAAAAUAUCGGCUCACUUAUAGGUCUUGAAUUUAGGGAUUCGACCUUUAUAUUAAAUGCGAAGAACGACACACGUAAAAUUCAGGCAGGCGACUGUUUCAAUAUAUCCUUUGGUUUCAAUAACCUAAGAGACGCAAAGACAGAUAAGACUUACGCUCUUCAACAGGCUGAUACAGUCUUCUUGGCACGGGAGACCGGAGAACCUCGUCUGUUGACGAACUGCGCAAAAUCAAAAGCUCAGAUCUCCUUCUAUUUCAACAACGAAGAAGAGGAAGCAGAGAAAAAUAAGCCAAGGAAGCCGGUGAAACCUGAACCAAACUCAAAAAUCUUGAAAACAAAGUUGCGUGGUGAUGCUCGCGGCGAAUCUGUGGAAAUUCAGAAGGAGCAGAUUCGUAAGGAGAAUCAAAAGAAAUUACACGACAGGUUGCAGAAAGAUGGAUUACUGAGGUUCAGCGCAGCGGAUGCUAAUGGCUCAGGAAACGAACCACGUCAAUAUUUCAAGAAGUAUGAAUCGUAUGUUCGUGAUUCGCAGAUUCCCACUAACGUGCGCGAUUUGAGAAUCCAUGUUGAUUGGAAAAGUCAAACCAUUAUCUUACCAAUUUUCGGUAGGCCAGUACCAUUCCACAUCAACUCAUAUAAGAACGGGUCAAAGAAUGAAGAGGGCGAAUACACUUACAUUCGGUUAAAUUUCCAUUCCCCAGGAGCCGGUGGCAUUUCCAAGAAGGUUGAAGAGCUGCCUUAUGAAGAUUCACCUGAUAAUCAAUUUUUCCGUUCUAUUACUUUAAGAUCUAAAGAUGGAGACCGCAUCAGUGAAGCUUUUAAGCAAAUCACAGAUUUGAAGAAAGAGUCCACAAAGCGUGAGCAGGAGCGUAAAGUGCUCGCUGACGUUGUUCAGCAGGAUAAGCUUAUCGAAAAUAGAUCUGGUAGAACAAAGAGACUUGAUCAGAUUUUUGUUAGACCAAGUCCGGACAGCAAACGUGUCCCUAGUACUGUUUUUAUUCAUGAGAAUGGUAUCAGAUAUCAGUCGCCACUCAGGACUGAUAGCAGGAUAGACAUCCUUUUCUCUAAUAUUAAGAAUCUAAUUUUCCAGUCUUGUAAGGGAGAGCUGAUAGUCAUCAUUCAUAUUCACCUAAAGAAUCCCAUUUUGAUGGGAAAAAAGAAAAUCCAGGAUGUCCAAUUUUACCGUGAAGCGUCUGAUAUGGCUGUUGAUGAGACUAGUAUUGGAAGAAAAUCCCAAAUGAAAUUUAGAAGAUAUGGUGAUGAGGACGAGUUAGAGCAGGAGCAGGAAGAAAGGAGAAAACGUGCUGCACUAGAUAAAGAAUUCAAGUAUUUUGCCGAUGCUAUUGCUGAGGCCUCCAAUGGUUUACUGACUGUUGAAAGUACAUUCAGGGAUCUGGGAUUUCAAGGUGUUCCCAGUAGAUCCGCGGUCUUCUGUAUGCCCACAACCGACUGCCUGGUUCAACUAAUUGAGCCACCGUUUUUGGUUAUCAACCUGGAAGAAGUCGAAAUUUGUAUCUUGGAAAGGGUUCAAUUCGGAUUAAAGAACUUUGAUAUGGUUUUUGUUUACAAGGAUUUCAAUAAGCCUGUGACACAUAUCAACACUGUUCCCAUAGAAUCUCUGGAUUUCCUGAAGCAGUGGUUAACCGAUAUGGAUAUUCCUUACACUGUUUCAUCCAUCAAUCUGAACUGGAGUACCAUCAUGAAAUCAUUGCAAGAGGAUCCACAUCAGUUUUUCCUCGACGGCGGUUGGACCUUUUUAGCUACAGGAUCCGAUGAUGAAGCUUCGGAUCAGAGCGAAGAAGAAGUUAGUGAAUAUGAAGCAUCGGAAGAGGAACCCUCUGAUGAAAGUGCGUCAUCUGGUGAAGACGCAUAUUCUGAGGAAGAAGAUUUUAGCGAUGAAGGAAGUGAGGACUUUAGUGGUGGAGAUGGAAGCGAUGACGGUGAGGACUGGGAUGAGUUAGAGAAGAAAGCCGCAAAGGCUGACCGAAAUAGUAACUUCAAAGAGUAA